GGGCAUGAUCUGUGUGCUCACAAGUCUCCCUGGAGUCCCCAGCAGAACAUACCAGGGACUGACAUAAGCAGCGGCUUCCUGUGUAUACUGGUGCACAGAAAAAGGAAGAAGCCUGAGAUGUAAUCAGGAUGUGGGUGCAUUACAGUCGUCCAGCCCCAGCAGCACAGCCAUGAACCCGGAGGAGCAGACUGUUACCUGGCUCAUCUCUCUGGGGGUCCUCAACUCCCCCAAGAAGAACAUCUGUGACCCAGAGGACUUCCUAAAGUGCUCCCUCAAGGAUGGGGUGGUGCUGUGCAAGCUGAUGAACCGGCUGCUCCCGGGCUCUGUGGACAAGUUUGUUGUAGAACCAAAGAGUGAAGCCGACUGCCUUGAAAACAUCCGUGAGUUCCUCAAAGCAUGUAGCUCUCUCCGUGUCGAGCUAUUCGAGGCUCAAGACCUUUAUGCUGGUGAGAACUUUUCUAAGAUAUUGAACACACUUACUGCUGUCAACAGAGCCACUGAAGAAGAGACGUUGAAGAGGCCAUGUUCUCGGACAUCUUCACGGUCGCAUAGCUUCACAGCAACCUCCCAGUUAAACACGCAGGGAACAGAUAGUUCAGCAAGAGUACUACGGAGGCAAUCAAAACCUAUGGACAUGACAGGAAAUGUCAGCGUUCAGUUGAUUGUGAAAGCAAAGUUUAAUUUCAAGCAGCAGAAUGAAGAUGAAUUGUCAUUUUCCAAAGGUGACACUAUCCAUGUCACCAAAAUGGUAGAUGGUGGCUGGUGGGAAGGAACAUUUAAUGGCAAAUCGGGCUGGUUCCCCAGUAACUAUGUCAAAGAAUGCAAGUCUAAUGAUAAACCACUGUCCCCGAAGGGACUGAAAGGUUGUGACAGCGCUCAGCUAACCAAAAACUAUUACAUGGCGGUCUUGCAAAAUAUUCUGGAAACCGAGCGAAGCUAUGCGAAAGAACUUCAGUUGCUGCUCACAACUUACCUCAGACCUCUUCAGACAUGCGACAAGUUAAGUGCUGGAGAUGUCACGUCAUUGCUAGGGAAUUUUGAGGAAAUCUGCACAUUUCAGCAAACACUAUGUCAGACAUUAGAGGAAUGUGCAAAGUUGCCAGAAAAUCAUCAAAAUGUUGGAGGUUGUUUUCUGACCCUUUUUAAUCAGUUUAAGUCUUUAUAUUUGACAUACUGUGCAAAUCACCCAAUAGCUGUCAAUGUCCUCACUCAGCACAGUGAUGAACUGGAGAAGUUCAUGGAGGGGCAAGGAGCCACUAACCCAGGAAUUCUGGUGCUGACCACAAGCCUCAGCAAACCUUUCAUGAGGCUGGAGAAAUAUGUCACUCUCCAUCAAGAACUGGAAAGACACAUGGAGGAAGCUCAUCCAGAUCAUAAAGAUGUUCUGCGAGUUACUGCUCCUUCAAGGCUCUUGGUUGCACAGUGUCAGGACUUGCGGAAGAGGAAGCAGCUGGAGCUACAGAUCCUUUCUGAGCCAAUCCAGUGUUGGGAAGGAGAAGACAUUAAGACAUUAGGAAGUGUUGUGUAUAUGUCACAGGUUAUGGUACAAUGUGGAGCAAGUGAGGAAAAAGAAGAGCGGUAUUUUAUGUUGUUUUCAAAUGCACUUGUAAUGCUGUCUGCCAGUCCACGGAUGAGCGGCUUCAUUUAUCAGGGGAAAUUACCACUAACUGGCAUGUCAGUGAUUAAGCUGGAGGAAACUGAUUCAUGCAGUAAUGCAUUUGAGAUUUCAGGUAAUAUUAUAGAACGCUUUGUAGUCUACUGCACUACUGGUCAGGACUGCCAGGAGUGGCUUGAACAUUUGUGCAGGCUGACCAAGUCUCCUGGUACACAUGCCUCUUUGUGUAAGGCGCCAUCUUGGCCAAGUCACACACUAACAGAUAGAAAGAACCCUCCUCCUUCUCAUCACCCCAUUUCGCCACUUCCUCGUGGCCCCCUGGAACCUCCAAAAAUCUACAAAACCUGGACUCUGAGUUGUCUCAGGCCAGCUCCUCCACUCAGACCUUCUGCUGCACUUGGCUAUAAAGAGAGGAUGUCUUAUAUCUUAAAGGAGUCCGCAAAAGCCCCAAAAAUGUCAAGAAAUUCCUUCCCAAGAAGAAAACCUGAAAGAAAAGCUUCUGACGAGGAUUCUGCCUUUAGGAAGAGCACUGUAGCACUGGAAGAAGAUGCCCAGAUCCUCAAAGUGAUUGAAGCCUAUUGCACAGGGGCCGGCUUUCAGCAAAGCCUUAGUUCUGGUUCCCGCAAGGAUUCUGUUCCGCAGGUCAUGCUACUGGAGGAUGAAAGUCUGAUCAUUGAUGACAUGAGGAGCAAUGGACAGACAGCUCCUGAAGAAAAGAGUCUUGUAGACACAGUCUACGCCUUACGAGAUGAAGUCAAGGAAUUAAAACAGGAGAACAAAAGGAUGAAGCAAAGUUUGGAUGAAGAACAAAAGUCAAGAAAGGAAUUGGAAAAGUUGGUUCGCAAAAUGUUGAAACAAGCUAGUGAGACAGCACGUGACGACCCCUCGCACUAGUUCCCAGUUGUCAGCAGACUCAUCCGGGACACUUACUGUAAGGACUUUCUGUAAAGAACUUUUGGAGAACACGGAAUAAGGAGUAUACCCUUCUCAGCAUAUGAGGGUCACAGUGAGGGUUAGAAGGAACAGAUACAUGGCUGGAAUCUAUUUGAACUUUCUCUAUGGCUCUGUGUACCAUCAUCACACUAGAGGCAGCCAUUAUGUAGAGUAACAUUUUAUGUGGCCCCUUUUAAACAGGCAUACUGUG